CUGAGGCCCAGCUGCAGUUACUGUGCAUAUAAUUGUUUUUGCUUUACAUGUUUUUAUGAAUAUUUCUAACCAAGGCUUCAUUUAUACAAGAAUACCUGCACAAGGUAACACGGAGACUGUGCAACCUCAUCUGAAACCCAAAACAAGUUGAAAUUUCUCAGUCAACGCUUGGCAAUCAAGAUCGAUCAGUCCUCGCAUCUUUCGCACUCACUUCCCGCACGGCCCAACGGAUCUCUGCAGCAGUGUUCCGCCGCUCGUCCCCGUUCAAAUCUCAGUCUUGACCCGGCCGUCGCUGCCGCGCCGACGACAUGGAGACUUCGAUAUCUCGUUGUAUAUUUCUUCUCUUCACCACUCUUUUGGUUGCCACUAAAGGCUAUAAACCAGUUAUUAUUAUCCAUGGAAUGCUUGAUGGAGCAGCAGAAAUGCACUUUAUGCACGAUAUGAUAAUGAAGGCACAUCCCGGAACAAACAUCACGAUCCCAGACGUCUAUAGUUACUAUAAAAGCUUGGAGCAUCUUUGGAAGCAGUUCCCUGACUACCUCAAGGCUAUUCAAGAUGUGAUCAAUCAGUCUCCUAAUGGCAUUCAUUUAGUCUGUUUUUCACAAGGUGGUCUGAUGUGCAGAGCUGUGGUUGAGCAGUUGGACAAUCACAACGUGGAGAGUUUGAUUCUACUUUCAUCCCCUCAAAUGGGUCAAUUUGGAGACACAAGCUAUGUUAAAGAAUUCCCAAAGAGUCGUUAUGAGGUGUACAGAUUGUGCUAUGAUCUCAGUCUUAUAGGUCAACAGAUCUCUGUCUGUGAAUAUUGGAAUGAUCCAUACCACCAACCAGAGUAUCAAGAAAGGUCUGAUUUCCUGGCAGUGCUUAACAACCAGAGUGCUCACAGUCAGAGUCAACAAUGGCGAAAAAAUUUCAUGAGACUGAAGAAUGUUGUGAUGAUAGGUGGCCCAGAUGAUGGUGUUAUAACUCCAUGGCAAUCAAGUCAUUUUGCUACGUACGACAAAGACCUGAACAUCACUGAAAUGAAAGACCAAGAGGUAUACCAGAAAGACUACUUUGGCUUGAAGACACUAGAUUCUCGUGGGGCGUUGCACACCUAUGGUAUCGCUGGGGUCAAUCAUACCUUCUGGCAUCGGAACCAGACAGUAUUUGAUUGCUGUAUUGAACAGUUCCUGACAUAGCUGUGUGUCCCACCAUACCAAAUGUGUACCAAAUAAGCCUUCUAGGUACUUUUAUUCUUUUAUCAUUUGGUAACAUCAUGAUUACUUGCAGUGAUAUCUGAUUUUUAAACACUAUGCAUAUGUGCCAAAAAAAGAGGAAAUUGAUUCCUCUGUAAAAUCCAUACUUGGCCAUUGAUGCCAUAAUGGCCCAAAUUCACAAAGGUUGUUUUUAAAACCAUCGGUUGAACCCAUGGUUUAUGCAGAUU